AAGAGGCCAGAGGUGAGAGGUCGCGCAGGCAUCAUGGCGGCGCUGUGUGGCUCCCACGCCGGGGCUGCAGGGAGCCGAUUCCUAAGAGCGCUUCUCUUCUCCAAGCCCUUUCGAAGUGCCAGCACGGAGAGUGGCUCCGAGGGCGCGACCCGUGACUCCUCCGCUCCUCGGGCGCGCUCAGGCGGCUUCGCGAGCGCUCUGGAACGAAUCUCGGAGCUGCAGCGGAAGACGGAGCUCGGGCUGGAGUCUCCAAAAAAUGUGGAAUCCUUUGCUUCCAUGCUGAGACACUCUCCACUGACACAGAUGGGGCCUGCCAAGGACAAACUGGUCAUUGGACGGAUCUUUCAUAUUGUGGAGGAUGAUCUCUACAUAGAUUUUGGUGGCAAGUUUCACUGUGUGUGUAAAAGACCAGACGUGGAUGGCGAGAAGUACCAGAGGGGCACCAGGGUCCGGCUGCGACUCCUGGAUCUUGAGCUAACAUCAAGGUUCCUGGGUGCGACCACAGAUACAACCAUACUAGAGGCUGAUGCAGUUCUCUUAGGACUCCAAGAGAGCAGAGACUCCAAAUCAAGAGAGGAACAGCUCAACAAGUAAAUGAGUUCUGCUUGGUUCAGUCAAAACAGGCUCUGUUUUGAGCCCAGAUAACUGUCAAGAAUGCAAUUAGGAAACUGUGAAUAAGUGAUUGAAUAAAGUUGUAAUAAAUGAACACUCA